AUGUCACCUUGGUUCACACGCACUUAUCUCUGGGUUCUCACAAAUGGCUCAGAGGCUGCAAACGCGACUGCUGUGGUAUGUUCCCAUGCAUUUGGCGCAGUUUGGACCCCCAAAUCUCAUAUGAGCAGAAUUCAGUCAACUCUGGUACCUACUGUUGAUAGAUCUGAACAGAGCAAAUUACUGAUAAAUGUGCCGAGCAUGCGUCUAGUAGGAUUCCAACUCGGAAGAAUUGAUUUUAAUCCUUGGUCUAAUCUCCGGGUUCCACAAUUAUGCAAUCCGAGUUGGCGCCCUAACUUUGUCCUUUUCAUAAUACUGACGCAAUCCAAUUGGAACUUGGGGUGUAGAUGUGGAAAGCUCUGGUCACUCGACCGUUCUACACUUGGAAGCUGCUUCACCAGUACUCACAGAGCAUUUCAUCAGUGCUCGCUCUUUUAGAGUCAUAUUGUCAUAUGAAAAUACUUGCAUGACCUGCCCAUGCGAGCUUCCGAGGAUCCUCGCAGGUAUGUAGUUCCUGGAGGAUAAAAAGGCAACCAGUUGUUGGUCCUCCCUCAGUCAAAAAGUUCAACUCUUAUCCACGACGUACAAGAUGUCUUCCACUCCCACUCAAAACAGUUCCAGUGAGUACCACAUUGCUUCUGUGGAAUAUAAACAAUACCUUCGUGACGACCAGGCUGGCGGCAUGCUCCCUCCCUACCCAAUUGUCAUCUUUUAUGAAGAUAUGCUGCCUCCCAAAGUUACUCUCAUUCCUCUGCUGUCCACAAUGAGUUGACUGACCUUUGCAUGUCACCUAGUUUACCAUCACAAAGGAUGACGAGGUCAACACCUACACCAUCAAGGUCAAUAGGAACAUGGUC